CCACGAAGUCAGCAUGCACGCGCGGGAAUUUCUGCUCGGGGCUCUGGCAUCCCUUGCCCUCCUGUCGGGAGCGAGGGCGCAGUGCUCCUCCGUCAGCAUCACGAACGACUGGUCAGGCAGCUACAUGGCUCAGUUCUCCGCGAACGCCGAGAGCUUUUUCGAUGGUCUAAUCGUUGAGCUUACUUUUGACCAGUCCGUGAGCAACCUGGAGUUCUACGCGGGCGUGAUUGAGUGGCACGACGACAAGUACUUCAAGCUGGUGUCGUCGGGGUGGCACGCGGAGCCGGGCUGGGGCGUCAGCUUCGAGUUCAAGGUGGACUACGCCGGCGCCAAACCCUCGGUCGUCGCGGCGGUCAUGAAUGGAGCCGACACGUGCGGCGGCGGCGGCGUGGUGACCCAGCCUCCCAUGGAGAGCCCCUGCGACCCCACGGGCAUGGGCCCCUACGACUACGGGCAGGCUCUGUGCAUGUCCUACCUGUUCUAUGAGGCGCAGCGCUCGGGUCCUCUCCCGGCUGACCAGAGGGUGACCUGGAGGAAGGACUCGGCCGUCAACGAUGGAUCGGACGUUGGCCAUGACCUGUCGGGGGGAUAUUAUGAUGCCGGUGAUUUCGUGAAGUUCGGCUUCCCGAUGGCCUUCACGGCGACUAUGCUUGCGUGGGGCCUCGUCGACUUCCCCGCCGGACACAAGGCAGCAGGUCAGACCGAGUACGCCAGAGCGGCUGUGAAAUGGGCUACUGAUUACUUCCUUAAGGCUCACACUUCACACUUUGAAUUAUACGGCCAGGUGGGAGACGGCUACGCUGACCACGCCUACUGGGGUCGCCCGGAGGAGAUGACGAUGGCUCGGCCCUCCAUGAAGAUUGAUAAUGAUCACCCAGGCACUGAGCUUGCAGGAGAGACGGCUGCUGCCCUCGCCGCCGCUUCCAUGGCCUUCAAGGAUUCGGACCCGUCUUACUCCAGCCAGAUGCUAGCAGUGGCGCAGGAGCUCUACGACUUCGCUGACCAACGCCGUGAGAAUUAUGAUGUUUCCAUCCCCGGCGCAUCGGAUUUCUACAAAUCAUGGAGCGGCUACGGGGACGAGCUCUGCUGGGCUGCGCUGUGGCUGGCUCGCGCGACGGGCGACUCCAGCUACAUGACGAAGGCCAAGCAGCACUGGGACGAGUUCGAAAUCUCGAAUGGAGCCGACGGCUUCAGCUGGGACGACAAGAAGGGAGGCGUAUAUGCCCUGUACGCCCUCCUGGAUUCCGACCCGACGUUCAGCAACGCCCUGGCCGCCUUCGUCGAGCACAUCCGCAACGACAAGCCCUACACGCCCGGCGGCCUCGUCUUCCUGGACCCGUGGGGUGCCAACAGGCACGCCGCCAACGUCGCCUACGUCGCGCUCAUGGCCGCCAAACUAGGCAUCGACGUGGACGUGAACCGACAGUGGGCGCAGCAGCAGAUCGACUGUCUCCUGGGCUCCACCGGCCGCUCCUUCGUCGUCGGGUUCGGCACCAACCCGCCGCAGCGCCCCCACCACCGAGCUAGCUCGUGCCCGAACCCCCCCGCCUCGUGCAGUGACGGCUGGGCGCAGAACAACCCCGGACCGAACCCCCAGGUGCUGUACGGAGCCCUCGUCGGGGGACCGAGCCAGGACGGCAGCUACAACGACGACCGGAACGACUAUGUACACAACGAGGUGGCCUGUGAUUACAACGCGGGCUUCUCUGCCGCCCUCGCUGCCUUGGUCGAACUCCACUAAAUGCGAAGAAAUUGAAAGCUUUAAAUAGAAAAUGGCAUUGUUAAAUUAAGUAAAUAUUAAAUGAAAAUAAAAUAAAUAAUUGAAUGAGUUCUA